UAGAGUUACCGAACGGUCCAGGAAGAACCGCUCACAGGGUUCCCGUCCGAUUCAGGCGUCUCUCCUUCUCACCGUCUCCACUGAUUCGUCUCUCUGAAAUUCAAGUUUCAGCUCCGAUAUACACAAUUGAAUCUUCAGUCCUUCUUCAUCAGUCCCUUUCGAUUUUUAGUUGCAAGUCAUGGCUUUGCGUUUAGUGGCUAGAAGGAUUGGAAGUAAAUUGUUUCCAAUGUUUUCUUCUGCCAAUCAUUUACAUUCACAUGCUACAAGUUUUGGAUUCAAAGAAGUGCCUGAAGAGGAAAAAAGCCGACUAGUUGGUAAUGUCUUCAGCAAUGUUGCUUCAAACUAUGAUCUGAUGAAUGAUUUGAUGAGUGCUGGAUUGCAUAGAUUGUGGAAAGACAGACUCGUUUCCGAGCUAAAUCCUUUUCCUGGAAUGAAGCAUCUUGAUGUUGCUGGUGGUACAGGUGAUGUUGCUUUCAGGAUCCUAGAAAGGAUUAAUGACGUCAAACGUAGAGCAAUGCAAGAUGUUCGGGAAGAUGAUUUACAGGAACAAACUCAAAUAUAUGUUUGUGACAUCAACUCACAGAUGUUAAACGUUGGUAAAAAGCGAGCUAUUGAGAGAGGUCUGGGAGAAGAAAGUUCUCUAAUAUGGGUGGAAGGAGAUGCAGAAGCUUUACGUUUUCAAGAUAAUUCAAUGGAUGGUUACACGAUUGCAUUUGGAAUUAGGAAUGUUACUCACAUUGAAAAAGUUCUAGAUGAGGCUUAUAGGGUUCUAAGACGAGGAGGAAGAUUCCUUUGCCUUGAGCUAAGCCAUGUUGAAGCUCCUAUAUUUAAGGAAUUAUAUGACUAUUAUUCAUUUUCUGUAAUUCCAGCCGUUGGAGAGCUAGUUGUAGGUGAUCGAGAAUCUUAUCAAUACUUAGUGGAAAGCAUCCGUCGAUUUCCCUCACAGGAGAAAUUUGCUUCCAUGAUCAUUGAAGCAGGCUUCGAGAAGGUCGAGUACGAAAAUCUUGUUGGAGGAGUGGUUGCUAUCCAUUCAGGCUUGAAACUUUAGAAGCAGCUUUUGAAGCAGGCUUCAAGAGGGGAAAGGCUAUGCUCCGCUUGCAGGGAUAUACUUGUCAAUGACAAAAUUCAAGGAAGACGGGCAUAUUCAGAUUAUCUUUUGAACCCACUCGAAAUUUCGAUUUAGUUAGGUUAUUGAUUCGAGCAACUUGAUAUGAUCAAUCUUCUUAUUUUUGGGUUAAGUUGGGUU